AUGCUCUACCUGGUUGCUCUCCUCUUGCACUGUCUCCCCUUGGCCAUGGGACAGUAUGACAUUUGCAAGUCCUGGGUGACCACGGACGAUGGCCCGUCAUGGGAGUUUUAUGCUUGUCAACCCAAGGCCAUGCGGAUGAAGGAUUACGUGACGGUACGGGUGGAUCCAGGAGGAAUCACGCCGGAGAGGUUCUGCACCCAUGAGAACCCGUACCUGUGCAGUGACGAGUGUGACGCCUCCAACCCGGACCUGGCCCACCCGCCAAAACUCAUGUUCGACAGCGAGGACGAAGGGCUGGCCACGUACUGGCAGAGCGUGACGUGGCGCCGGUACCCGGAGCCACUGCUGGCCAACAUCACGCUGUCCUGGAACAAGAGCAUCGAGCUGACAGAUGACAUCGUGAUAACCUUCGAGUACGGCAGACCCACCAUCAUGAUGCUGGAGAAGUCGCUGGACAAUGGGAGGACUUGGCACCCAUACCAAUAUUACGCAGAUGACUGCAUGGAGGCCUUCAGCAUGCCAGCACGGAGGGUCCGGGACCUCUCCACCACGAGUGCCAACAGGGUCCUCUGCACAGAGGAGUACUCCCGCUGGGCGGGCUCCAAAAAAGAGAAGACGGUCCGCUUCGAGGUGAGGGACCGCUUUGCCAUCUUUGCUGGCCCUGACCUCAAGAACAUGGACAACUUGUACACCCGGCUGGAGAGCGCCAAAGGGCUCAAGGACUUCUUUACUGUGACCGACCUGCGGAUGAGACUGCUGAGACCAGCCCUGGGGGGCACCUACGUGCAGAGGGAGAACUUGUACAAGUACUUCUAUGCCGUUUCCAACAUUGAAGUCACCGGCAGGUGUAAAUGCAACCUCCAUGCUAACCUGUGCACCUUCAAAGAGGGCAGCCUUCAGUGCGAGUGCGAGCACAACACCACGGGCCAGGACUGCGGGAAGUGCAAGAAGAACUUUCGCUCCAGGUCUUGGCGAGCGGGAUCCUACCUGCCUCUCCCCAACGGGUCCCCCAACGCAUGUGCAGCUGCAGGCUCAGCCUUUGGCAACUGCGAGUGCUACGGCCACUCCAACCGCUGCAGCUACAUCGACUUCCUGAACGUGGUGACCUGCGUGAGCUGCAAGCACAACACGAGGGGCCAGCACUGCCAGCACUGCCGCCUGGGCUUCUACCGCAACAGCUCGGCCGAGCUGGACGACGAGAAUGUAUGCAUAGAAUGUAACUGCAACCAGAUCGGCUCCAUGCACGACCGCUGCAAUGAGACCGGCUACUGUGAAUGCAGAGAAGGCGCCACGGGGCCCAAGUGCGAUGACUGCCUACCCAACUACUACUGGAGACAGGGCUGCUUCCCCAACGUCUGCGACGACGAGCUCCUGCUCUGCCAGAACGGUGGCACCUGCUACCAGAACCAGCGCUGUGUCUGCCCCGUGGGCUUCAAGGGGGUCCUGUGCCAGCAAUCCAGGUGCGAAGCUGACAAAAAGGACUGCGGCGUGCCGGGGUGGCCCUCUGAAGCCGCAGAGGAGCGAGCCCAGCACAGGCACGUCACCCGAGGGACCUGGGGAGACUUAG